AUGGCUGCAAAUCUGCGUGGAGUGGGGGAGGGGCAAGGCAUAGGACAAGCUUUGAAGAACAUGCUAGGAAAGGCCACCACGGCGGUACCAGAAGAGAAGAACGAUAAAGUGCAAUUAGUUAACAGGGCCGGGGAAAGUAAGAGUCCAUAUGUUCGCGCACACUCUUCGAAUCCUGUUGCAUGGCAGCUUUGGGGAGAUGAGGCUAUUGACUUGGCGCGCCGAGAAAACAAGUUAUUGUUCGUGAGUAUUGGUUACAGUUCUUGUCAUUGGUGCCAUAUAAUGGAGCGCGAGUCUUUCGAAAACGAAGAGGUCGCUGCGAUAUUAAACAGCUCAUUCAUACCUAUCAAAAUCGAUCGCGAAGAACGUCCGGAUAUUGAUCGCAUUUAUAUGAACUUUGUGCAAGCCACAACGGGCUCUGGAGGAUGGCCACUGAAUGUCUUUCUUACACCGAGUUUGGAGCCAGUGUUCGGAGGAACAUAUUGGCCAGGACCAAGUAAGACGAAAGCCUUUGAAGACCAAGUCGACUUUUUAGGAAUUUUAGACAAAUUGAGUACAGUUUGGUCAGAACAAGAACGGAGAUGCAGACAAGACUCGGCUCAAAUUCUACAGCAGUUGAAGGACUUCGCAAAUGAGGGAACAUUGAGUAACAGGUUAGGAGAUGCCGUGGACAAUAUUGAUAUUGAAUUACUAGAAGAAGCCACCCAACAUUUUGCGAAGAGCUUCGAUAAGAAGAAUGGAGGUUUCGGGUCGGCUCCAAAGUUCCCUACUCCUUCAAAACUCGCCUUUUUGCUCCGUUUGAGCCAAUUUCCACAAGCUGUACUUGAUAUCGUUGGAAUUCCCGAUUGUGAAAAUGCGAAAAAUAUUGCCAUCACAACUCUCCGGAAGAUGGCUCGUGGUGGGAUUCAUGAUCAUAUUGGGAAUGGAUUUGCCAGGUAUUCUGUCACCGCUGACUGGUCUCUCCCUCACUUUGAAAAAAUGCUUUAUGAUAAUGCACAGCUACUACAUAUCUACUUGGAUGCUUUCCUUUUAUCAAGAGAUCCGGAGUUUCUAGGUGUUGCAUACGAUAUUGCAGAUUAUUUAACAAUCACCCUCUUUCAUCCACAGGGAGGAUUUUAUUCUAGUGAAGAUGCCGAUAGCUAUUACAAAGCUGGCGAUACCGAGAAACGAGAAGGUGCCUAUUAUGUUUGGACGAAACGAGAAUUUGAGAACAUUCUUGGCACAGAACAUGAGCCGAUACUGUCAGCAUUUUUCAAUGUUACUAGUCAUGGUAAUGUAGCUCAAGAGAAUGAUCCACAUGAUGAAUUCAUGGAUCAAAAUGUGUUGGCUAUUUCAAGUACUCCAUCUGCAUUAGCAAACCAGUUCGGUAUGAAAGAGGCUGAAAUUAUAAAAGUUAUCAAGGAAGGCAAAGCGAAACUAAGGAAACGUCGAGAAGCUGAUCGAGUAAAGCCAGAUAUGGAUGACAAAAUUAUCGUGAGCUGGAACGGUAUUGCGAUUGGUGCUCUAGCUAGAGCAUCUGCAGUUAUUAACGGUUUCGAUCCAGUCAAGGCUCAAGACUACCUAGAUGCGGCUCUUAAAACAGCAAAGUUUAUCAAGGAAAACCUUUAUGAUGAAAAAUCCAAGAUUCUCUACCGGAUUUGGCGUGAAGGAAGAGGUGACACCCAAGGAUUUGCGGAUGAUUAUGCAUUUUUAAUGGAAGGGCUUAUCGAUUUAUAUGAAGCUACUUUUGAUGAAAAGUGGCUUCAAUGGGCUGAUGAACUUCAACAAUCUCAAAUAAACUUCUUCUAUGACACAAAUAAAGGUGGCUUCUUUUCAACCAUCGCCUCGGCACCAAACGUGAUCCUUCGUCUUAAAGAGGGCAUGGAUUCUGCUGAGCCCUCCACAAACGGCACAUCUUCCUCGAAUCUCUACCGCCUGUCUUCGAUUUUGAAUGAUGAAUCUUAUGCAAAGAAGGCGAAUGAGACAGUCAAGAGUUUUGAAUCUGAAAUGUUGCAGUAUCCUUGGUUAUUCCCUAGUUUCAUGCCAGCAAUUGUAGCUAGUCACUUGGGUGUAAAGAGUGUUGUGAUUCAUGAGGUAGCUGGUGAUACCAUAGCCGAGAAGCGAGUUCGAGAAUUCCAGAAAGCGCCCAGAGGUGGAUUGGAAUCGCUUCUUCUGUUGGAUUCAUCCGAGAGGAAUGGACAGUGGUUGAUAGAGAGAAAUUCUCUGUUGAAGGACACGGGGAAGAGCGAAAAGACGAAGAUACUAAUCUGCGAAAAUGGGCUUUGUAAAGAAGAGGACGAGGUAUUCUUUGUGGACUCGGGUGUAAAAAUGGAAAGUCCGAACGAUGGUGAAGGUUUCAAAAUGGCUGGUUUGCAGGGAUCAUUACCGAACUUGGGAGGAGAUGCAAAUAAGACUUAA